AUGGCUCUGGUUCUAGGUGACAGCCCGCACCUGGCGCCCAACUCCUCACUGCGGGCAGGACUCGAAGACGCCGAGAUCGGCACGGUACGCGUUGCCGCUCUGCACGACCCUCCGUACUUCUUCAUCGAGCGCCGGCCGGACGGCUCCUGUUGCCAGUUCGACGGCUUCCUCUGGGAGCUGUGGCAGCUGAUCGCUCAGAAGGCGCGGCUUCAGUACGAGAUCACGCCGCUGCUCGAGGGUGGGUACGGCCAGGAGGGAGCUAACGGCUCGUGGACCGGCCUGGUGGGAGAGCUGGUACACGGCCGCGCUGACGUGGCGCUCAGCUGGCUGGGUAUGUUCGGCCGCCGACAGCGCGCGGUCGCCUUCUUAGACGCCGUGCCGGUAAGUGUCUCUCGGGAGACGUUCUACGUGGCGCGCGGCGCGACCGACGCUCCCCGGCUGACCGCUGCCGCUGCCCAGUCGCUGCUGGCGCCGCUCGGAUCGGACGUCUGGUGGGCGCUGCUCGCCGCCCUGCUCGUACUCGCCGUCGCGCUCCGAGUCACCGUUCGGCUGAGUCGCGGGUCGGCCGAGACGCCGCACACGGUGGCCGCUCUGGGCUGGGUGCCGUGCCUCCUGGCCUGUUUUGGAACGGUGGUUCGCCAGGGCUGGUCGGUGACACCCGACUCGCUGGCAGCGCGCACCGUCACCUACUUCUGCUGGGCGCUGAGCACCGUCAUCCACGCCAGCUACACGGCCAACCUGAUGUCACAGCUGGUCGUGGAGCGACCCCCCGCGCCGCCCAUCACCAGCCUGCGUCAGUUCCUCGACCAGCCCGACUGGACCUUCAGCAUUCCCCGCGGCCACGGCAUGGUCACAGAGUGGGCCGCCGGCAGCGACGCCGAGCGGCGCGCGCUGGCCCUGCGCGUCAGCCGCCGGGAUCGGCACGUCGACCUGGAGGCGCUGCCGGAGGUCGGCGGACGACUGGACCGGGUGCUGGUGUACGGCGAUUCGCACUGGCUGCGGGACAUACUCGGCCCGGCCAGCUGCCAGCUGACGGCCAUGUCGGAAAGACUGCCCGCCCACCUGGUGCCCACCUACAUGGCCGUCACCCGGCGGCUGCCGGCGCUGCGCGUCCGGCUGAACGCCGCGCUGCUGGCCACCGCCGAGUCGGGCCUGCUGAACCGGCUGCGGACCCGCUGGCUGACGGAGGAGGGCGUCACCUGCGCGGCGGUCGGUGCCGUGCGUCCGCUGUCGCUGGCGGACCUGGUGGCAGUCCUGGCGCUGGUGCCUCUGGCUGUGGCAGUCAGUGGCGGUCUGUUCGUCCUGGAGUGGCUCUGGAGCAGGAUGCGCCCACCGCCCGCCAGCAGAGAGCGUCUGCUGCCGACGGUCGGAAACAGGGAACCGCACAAGGCCUGGUACAAAAUCUACUGA